CCCAAUGAGACCUAACACUUGAUGACGCUAAGGGUGUGCAGUGCUGUCGUGUGCCUGCUCAAAUUUGGCCACUACCGUAGAUUGCUCAAGCAGAAGCCUUUGGCCAUUUCCACGCCAGGAAAGCGAUAGAAGAACUGCUUAAGGAAGCAAAACGUGGGAAAACGAGAGCAGAAACUAUGGGACCUAUGGGUUGGAUGAAGUGUCCUCUUGCUGGUACAAAUAAAAGAUUUCUAAUUAACACAAUUAAGAACACACUGCCCUCCCAUAAAGAGCAAGACCAUGAGCAAAAAGAAGACAACAAGGAGCCUGCGAAAAGCCAGACCCAGAAGGAAGGAAGCCCGAAGAAACACAGGACCCAUCCUUACAAGCACAGCGUCCAGGCGCGGAGCAGAACCCGGUACUCGCCUCCGAGGAAGCGGAGCACCCAGGAGAAGUCCCAGAGGCGCUCAAACAAACGAUGAGGCGGCCGUGAAGAAUAAGCAAGGCUGUCACAAGCGAUGGAUGCCGUUACAGUUGGGAUUGGGGGUUGUGUGGCUUUCUUUAAGCGGAGGAGGUGGUUGAGUACAGGUCUUUAGCUGGCAGAGAAAAUGUCCAAGAAUGAUUGUUAAAAUAGAUCCUUUGUUGUGGUUUGUAAAGAAGCUGACAGUGACAAGCAAAAAAUGACCUAGUGGUUCUUCAAGGAAAUUAGUACCACGGGUCAUGCUCUGAAGCUGUCUUGGCAAGUUUAAGCUACUUCUGCGGUGUAGUAUAUACAUACAUAUUGUUUUUAUUCUACCUUAUUUGGAAGUUAGUUUCAAAAUAAGUUAAUCUAGAAUUUAAAAGUUUUUAGAGAUUGUUAAAAAAUUGUUUGAUUUUCUUUUCUUUUGGAUGUGCUACAAUUGUGGUCGUUUCUCAGAAUUUCUUGAACAAUAAAAUACUUGUCAACCCUCUGCUUUACACUUUUGGGUGUCAGAUUUGAAAUUUAGAAAUCACCUGGCCAGUAACAAUAUUUAUGAAAAGUUGUCACCCUCCAGGGCCUGGGGACUUCCCCAGAAAUCCUUUGGUAACUCUGCACUUGACCUCCUUGAAGUGGACAAUGUAGGGCAUUUCUAAAAUGGCUUGAAUUUUGUGCUCUCUACCAGUCCUCAGAGGCAAAAAUUGGCUCUGAUGUUUCCUUGUGUGUUUUUAUACUCAUUCCUGAGCUAUAACAUUUUCCUGUGUUUAAUAUUUUUGACUCUAGCUUUUAAGAGGUGCUUUAAAAAGAACCCUCAGAAGUUAACAUUAACAUAAUUAUUUUAGUGCUGUAUCUUCUUUAGCUAAAAUACUACUCAAAGUAUGAUUGUUCUAGAAAUCUUAAUUUUAAACAGUGUUUUUACAAUGCUUUUUUCUUCUUUUCCAAUCUCUCUGUGAGUCUGCUUUAACAUACAAUUGCAAGCCUUUCAAACCUGUAUUCUUCCCUUCACACUCAGGAAAAUGUCACCGAGCACCCUCCUCCUGGUCCACAAAAGGAAGAAGAAUCUGUCUCUCCCGCCCCCCUCCCCAACUUUCCAAAGCAUCUGAGCUUAUGCCUGGCUGCUCCCAGAUAAUCACUCUGCCAUAGCCAUGCCCCCAGCUUCCUGGCAGCCAAGAAAAGCCUUUUCCACAGGCUAGGAGAGAGCAUAUCUGAGAAGCUAGCAUUGGAGUCUUACAGAGAAACUAGAAUAGACCGUGUAUGGCUCCCUGCACCACGCUGUGUGCCACACCCUCAGUGGGCUCCAGGCCUCCAGCUCAGGCGUGACAGACCCUGCCUCUCACCCAUGAGCCUAGGGACUCCUGUUACUUUGUAACAACACACAUUCCUUUCAAACAAAAUUUGUUUCACCUGACUUCCUCCAGAUCUAGUUAUGUAUUUGCCUAUAUUUGUGCUAUAAUUUUGAAAUGUUUUGUCUUUAAACAUUAGAGAUAGCAUAGAGUUGUGGAAGUAAAAAUAAAGCUCCAUUAUAUCAUU